CAUGGCACCUGGGUCUGUCCCGUGAUCUGUCAGCAACGAGCCUUCCACACUUCACAUAGCCUCACGGUGCACGUAGCCUCAAGGUGCACGUGGCCUGGUACAAACUCGAUGGGAACGUUACCGCCACUUGGUGGCGACCGGCGACUAUCGUCGCGGUUCCCAUCGGGGCCGCGUGACGCUCAACUCUUGCCGAUCGUCGUUCACCACCAGAGCCGUCCCUCGGGGCGCAGCCAUUCGGGGCGACUGUCCCGGGUCCUGCGCUUUUGGGACCUCCCAUCCAGCCACAAGAGGACCAAGGAAGUUCAAGGCCCCAAAGAGAGGUCAGGCUGACACAACGGGCCUUGGAAAGCUAUGAUGCUGAGAAGCAAGACCUUGAUGCCAGGAUACAAAGGGCAUGGGACCGGGUUGAAGCUGAUAUAUCUGAAGCUGCAAAUGCCUCAGACACAGUGGCCUCAAUUCAGCGGGCCAUCCAGCGAGUGAAGGUGAGCAGCUCAAGCUACAAGCUCCUGGCAAAUAAAUACAUCUCCCUCCUGAUGAAGAUGGAAACAGAUGAGGGCCUUGAGGGAGUACGCACGCAAGAGAACUUCCUUGAACUGCUCGAUGAUAAUGUACAGGCAGUGAUACAAGAUGCAAUAGACCGUGCGGAGGGCUUAAGAGAGACCCGAUCUCAGCACUCUGUCUCAUCCAGGUCCACCACAAGAUCUAAAGGCUCAGCACACUCAAAGACAUCAUCUACUAGUAUGGCAGCAGCUCAGGCACGCGCAGCAGCAGAAGCAGCAAAUGCCUGUAUUGCCUACAUGGCUGAAGAGGAAGCCAUGCUAAUUGAAAAGGCCCGCAUACAAGAAGAAGCAAGCAUAGCAACUGCUGCCGCACGAGAGCAAGAGAGUAUAUUAGUGGCUACUGCCACACGGAAGAAAAUUGAGCUGGAUGCUAAGUUAAGUACCCUACAGCUCAAAAAAGAAGCAGCUGCUGCAAGGGCCCAAGCAGAGGUGCUCCAAGCAGCAGCCAAUCUGGAUAAGGAAGAGAAUUGGAGUGAGUUUGGCACUCAUAUACCUGUCAAGGACCGUGAUCAACUCACCAGAAAAAAAUAUUUUGGACUGGUCUGAACAAUGCAUCAAUGCUCCUCCACCAAACGAUACUGAACAAAUGGUGGACGUUCAGGCAUUGCCAUCUCCACACCGAAUGAACACGAAUGCUGUCUACGGGAAUGGUGGAAAUGCAUAUUCUGCCCUGGCAGCUAGUCGUCGACUCAGCGUCGCACAUGUGGGAUCAGAAAUGGAUGCAUCACGUCAGACCCACAUUCCAGACAGUCACAUAAGGGGAUCAAACCAACGUGAUCGAAACCUUUUGGGCCCACAAUCCAACACCAUCGCGAAUGACGGCAUGCAAGGCAAUGCAGCCAAUAAUGGCACCUCACAAGCGCCAGUAUGGACACACCCUGGAUCAGCAGGAUUAGGGGACUUUGCUAGGUACCUGGCUCACCGCGAACUAAUCAACACAGGACUCGUUAAGUUUGAUGACCACUCUGAGAACUAUCGAGCCUGGAGAUCUACCUUCAGGAAUGCAAUCCGAAAUGCAGACAUCUCUGCAAGUGAAGAACUCGACCUGUUGGUGAAAUGGUUAGGAAACGAAUCUACAGAGUACGCAAAGAGGAUCCGGGCAGCAAACAUUGACGACCCCGCCUCAAGCCUGCAUGCAGUGUGGGAGAGGCUCGAGGAGUGCUACGGUAGCCCAGAAACUAUUGAGAAGGCUCUCUUCAAGAAGUUGCAGAACUUUCCAAAAAUCUCUGGUAGGGACAAUAAAAGGUUACGAGAGCUUGGAGAUCUUUUGAUGGAGCUUGAAUCAGCCCAGGCUGACCCCUAUUUACCAGGUCUCAUUUUCUUGAAUACCUACCAUGGCGUGAACCCCAUAGUAGAGAAAUUGCCAUUCGACGUGUAGGAAAAAUGGAGAACAGCAGGUUCAAGAUACAAGUCAGAACAUCAGGUUGCAUUCCCCCAAUUCUCUUUUUUCUCAAAGUUUAUCCGCUACCUGGCUAAGACCAGAAAUGACCCGAGUUUCAUGUUUGGCACCACGGGGAUUUCCAGUCCAGAUCUCCCAAAAAUGGAAAGAGCAAUGGCGAAAUGAGGAACAGCGAGAGUGCCAAUUUCUGUACACAAGACUGAGGUCUCUCCUACGACAUUCACAAACUCCGUCCAGACAACCACCACAAAGAAAAAGAUAGAGGAUCCAGAGAAGCAAUGCCCAUUGCAUGAUGAACCCCACUCCCUCCAGAAAUGCCGUGAGUUCAGGAGGAAGCCAUUGGAAGAGCGGAAGAACAUUCUGAAAGAAUUUGGAGUGUGCUUCAAAUGCUGUGCUUCUACAAACCACCUUGCAACGAAUUCCAAGGCAGAUAUCAAGUGCGAGGAAUGUGGCAGUGACAAACACGCAACUGUUCUGCACACAUUUUACUACAAACCCAGUGGCACUAAGGCUUCCGAUCCCGAAGCAGAGCAAGGCGAGACCGCCGCACUCACUUCGUCAAUCACAACCAAAUGCACAGAAGUCUGUGGAGAAGGCUUCAAAGGAAGAUCUUGCUCAAAGAUAUGCCUCGUCCGAGUGUAUCCCAAAGGACAUCCUGAAAGGGCAGUAAGGAUGUACGCCAUAAUGGACGACCAGAGCAACAAGUCUUUGGCAAGGUCAGAGUUCUUUGAUCAGCUAAGCGUAGGUGGGAAUUCCUUUCCAUACACGCUCAGAACAUGCUCAGGACUGAUGGAGACAGCGGGAAGAAGAGCGAGCACCCUCAUGGUGGAAACCAUGGAUAGCACCAUGAAGCUAGCCCUUCCUACGGUGACAGAGUGCAAUGAGAUACCGGACGACAGGAGUGAGAUUCCCACGCCCGAAGUCGCACGUCACCACCCACAGCUGAAACCCAUAGCAGAGUUCAUCCCGCCAUUGGAUCACGCGGCACAGAUUUUACUUCUGCUUGGCAGGGACAUGCUGAGAGUCCACAAGGUUCGUGAUCAACGCAACGGACCUCACGACGCUCCCUACGCCUAGAGACUCGACCUAGGAGGGGUCAUUGUAGGUGAUGUCUGUCUCGAUGGAACACACAAACCAGACCACAUAAGCACAUUCAGAACGAGUGUGCUCACGAAUGGACGCACGUCGCUUUUCAAACCGUGCCCCAACUACUUCACGCUGAAAGAGAAAUUCGACGAUAGAAGUCAAAGCUGUACCAUGCAGGCCGACGAAGAAACCUCUAUGCUGAAAGGUGAUGUUGGACAUACGGUGUUCGUGACAACGAAGGAUGACGACACACCUGCUCUAUCGCUAGAGGAUAAAGAAUUCUUGAAAAUAAUGGACAGAGAGUUCUUCCAAGAUGAGUAAAACAGUUGGGUUGCCCCUCUGCCAUUUCGUAAUCCCAGAUGCCGGCUACCCAGCAAUAGAGAGCAAGCCCUCUCACGGCUCAACUCAUUGCGCCGCACCUUGGACAAGAGACCAGAGAUGAAGAAUCAUUUUGUGUCCUUCAUGAAAAACAUAUUUGACAGUGGUCACGCUGAAGCGGCCCCUCUAGAAGAAGGACAGGAAUGCUGGUACUUACCAAUCUUUGGCGUGUAUCACCCAAAGAAGCCGGAUCAGAUCAGAGUGGUGUUCGAUUCAAGUGCUCAAUUUAAGGGCAUUUCCUUGAACAACGUAAUGCUCACCGGACCAGACUUGACCAACAGUCUCCUAGGGUUACUCACCCGUUUCAGAAAGGAGUCAAUCGCUGUAACAGCCGACAUUCAACAAAUGUCCCACUGCUUCAUUGUCCGAGAAGAUGACAGAAAUUACCUCAGGUUUCUGUGGUACCGCAAUAACAAUGUCGAUGAUCGAAUUGUUGAAUACAGAAUGAAGGUGCAUGUCUUCGGCAACAGCCCAUCCCCAGCGGUAGCCACCUAUGGACUUAGGAGGACCACGCAGGCAGGAGAAGGGGAGUUUGGGGAAGACGCCAAGCAAUAUGUAGAGCGAGAUUUCUACGUUGACAACGCACUUAAAUCAAUGCCUACGGCCUCAGAAGCCAUCGAUCUGCUCCAAAGGAUGCAAGGAAUGUUAGCAACUGCUAACCUGAGACUUCACAAGAUAGCAUCCAGCAGCGCAGAAGGGAUCCAGCAUGUUGGGUUCAUAUUGGGCAAGGCCAAAUUGGCCCCACAACCGGAACAUACCAUCCCAAGGCUCGAGCUGUGUGGAGCCGUUCUAGCUACGGAAGUGGCGGAACUGAUCUUAGACGAAUUGGACAUCAAACUGGACGCAGUCAAGUUCUACACGGACAGUAAGGUCGUACUAGGCUACAUAAACAACCAAACCAGAAGGUUCUACACCUACAUCAGCAAUAGAGUGGAACGCAUCAGGAGAUCGACGCAGCCGGAGCAAUGGAAUUAUGUUCCAACUGACCAGAAUCCAGCAGAUCUCGCAACUAGGUCCGUCCCUGCAUCUCUGCUGAAGCAAACCAUCUGGCUGACGGGUCCAGCGUUCCUCUUACGACGUGACGGUGGCCCAUGUACUACGAAAGAGACCUUUGGACUCAUAGAGCCCGAGUCCGACAAGGAGAUUCGUCCUCAAGUGACAACUUUCGUAACAGAUGUGCAACCGAGAAGUCCACUGAGUCCACACCAUUUUGAACAUUUCUCGAAAUGGACGACGCUCGUGCGAGCGAUAGCACGUCUAAUGCAUAUCGCAGACUGCUUCCAUCGCCCGAUGAGAGGCACCACUGGUAGCUGCAAUGGAUGGCAUCACUGCACAGUGCCACGCACUGAAGAUGAGCUUUCCAGAGCAAGGAAAUCAACCUUCCGCUGUGUGCAACAGGCAGCAUAUGCAAGUGAGAUCAGAUCCAUCAACAAGGGAGAAGACCUUCCUAGGGUCAGCACCCUCAGGAAGCUAAACCCUAGGAUGGGCGAAGACGGCUUGCUCAGGAUCGGUGGUCGGCUAUGGAAUGCAAAAUUAGAUAAGAACGGACGGAACCCCCUCAUAAUCCCAAGUCAGAGCCACAUUGCAAUUUUCCUUGUGCGCCACUAUCACGAGAAGGUCAAGCACCAAGGUCGGCACUUCACAGAAGGAGCAAUCCGAUCUGCAGGGCUGUGGAUCGUUGGAGCAAAGAGGUGCGUCGCCAGCAUAAUCCACAAGUGUAUCAGGUGUCGCAAGCUACGUGGAAAACAGGAAGAACAGAAAAUGGCAGACCUCCCAGCCGAUCGACUCAGUGUAGAACCUCCCUUCACCUCUGUAGGGAUCGACGUGUUUGGACCAUGGACAGUCAUCUUCCGCCACACCAGAGGAGGGCUCGCGAACAGCAAACGUUGGGCAGUGCUGUUCACCUGCAUGAGUACACGAGCAGUGCACAUCGAAGUCAUCGAGUCCAUGGACUCUUCGAGCUUUAUAAAUGCACUCCGGAGAUUCUUCGCCAUCAGAGGGCCAGCCAAGCAACUCCGUUCUGAUUGUGGAACCAAUUUCACUGGAGCAUGUAAAGAGCUUAAGAUCAGUACAGAGAAUGUCGAAGAUGAUUCUGUCAGGAAAUACCUUAGUGACCAAGGCUGCAUAUGGAUCUUCAAUCCUCCUCACUCUUCGCAUAUGGGUGGAGCCUGGGAACGCAUGAUCGGGGUUGCUCGACGCAUUCUCGACUCCAUGCUGGGUGAUGUCGGGUCCACACGGCUCUCUCACGAGGUCUUGACCACUCUCAUGGCCGAGGUCUCAGCCAUAAUUAAUUCAAGACCCCUGAUCCCCGUCUCAACUGACCCGGAGUCACCAUUCAUCUUGACUCCUGCUACACUUCUUACCCAGAAGACAGACGUGCUCACAGCACCUACCGAGGAGGCCAGCACUGCAGACCUCUACAGACGUCAAUGGAGACAAGUGCAGAGCUUCGCGAACACGUUCUGGCGUCACUGGAAAAACGAGUACCUUGCGACACUCCAAGUACGCAACAAGUGGCAGUCUAACAGACCAGACAUCCAAGAAGACGACCUCGUCCUAUUGAAGGACAACCAAGCCAAACGGAAUGAGUGGCCAAUGGGCCGCAUCCUCAAGUCGAUUCCAAGUGCCGAUGGAAAAGUUCGAAAAGUCGAGGUUAUGAUUGCGAAGCAAGGUGUCGCAAGAACUUUCUUCAGGCCCAUAGUCGAGACAGUACUACUUCUCUCUCGUAAAGAUAUGGACAAAUAAGUUGACCCGUUGAAGUUGUUAUACACUUGUUUAUGAGAUAGGAAAUAAAUGGUGGUAUCUCCUAGAUACCAGACGGGGAGUGUUCUGCCUCACGGCAAGUGUCUUGCCUCACGGCAGAUGUGGGGUGUGUGUACACAGGAAUUUCCUGUUUUUUAAAUAGGGGGUGGUCACGUGACCAGGAAGUUGCGAUUUUAAAUUUCCGCUGAACCACGCGGGCGUCGGCCAUUAAAAACAUACUUCAAGAUGGCGGCACACAUCGCAGCUCCGUGAAGACAGCUGCAGCCACCGUUGUGGGACUUUGGGAAGCAUUGUAAGUUCGUUUGUGUUCUUAUGAUACUGGCAAUGUUGCUAUAAUAUUAGAAGGACCUUUAUAAUGCUGUUAUAAUGCUAGAACCUUUAUAAUGCUGUUAAAUUGUUACGAUGUAUGUGGGGCCUAGUGGACAAUAAAGCCUGCAGCUUGCCUUGUUGUGAUUUACCUGUAAUCGAGUAAGUAGAUUCAAACUUGAAAUAACAAAAUGUCUCAUUCAUAAGACAACGUUAUGAUGCUGUGGUGUUUAUUCAUUGUGUUGGUUUUUCUGGGUAUUAACAGAUGCUGUAUCUGUGCUGUUUUCUUAACAGUUUUACCUCUCUCUACCGUUCAAUUUCAAUAAAUGACAUUCGGAGUCAGAUGUUCA